AUGACGGCCCGGUCUGUGCGGUCCCUCUCCGGAGCCCUGAAGCUCGUGUUCAGCAACCGGUUAACCAGGGUUUACGGUGCGGCUACAUGUAAUCAGAGACACAAGUCCACUUACACUACCAUCCCUCCGCCGGCACUGUACGGAGGCAGACACACCGUGACUCUGAUUCCCGGAGAUGGCAUCGGACCAGAGCUGGCCAACCACGUGUGUGAACUAUUCCGGUUCUGCUGUGUGCCAGUGGACUUUGAGGUUGUCAAUGUGGACUCAUCUAUGGACUCAGAAGAAGACAUCAAUAAUGCUAUCAUGGCUAUUAGACGCAAUGGAGUUGCACUAAAAGGUAACAUUGAGACCAACCACAACCUGCCACCCUCCUACAAGUCCAGAAACAACCUGCUCCGCACCACUCUGGAUUUGUAUGCCAAUGUGAUGCACUGCCAGUCCCUACCAGGAGUGAGGACACGCCACAGAAACAUCGACGUCAUGAUCAUCAGGGAGAACACCGAGGGAGAGUACAGCAGCCUGGAGCACGAGAGUGUACCGGGCGUUGUUGAAUGUCUGAAGAUCAUCACCAAGACCAAAUCUCUACGCAUUGCUGACUACGCGUUCAGAACUGCGAGGGCCAAAGGACGCGGACGAGUCACGGCUGUACACAAAGCUAACAUCAUGAAAUUGGGUGACGGCCUCUUCCUGGAGUGCUGUAAGGAGGUUGCCAGCGGUUACCCUGACAUCACCUUCGACAGCAUGAUUGUGGACAACACCACCAUGCAGCUGGUUUCCAGGCCCCAGCAGUUCGAUGUGAUGGUCAUGCCCAACCUGUACGGCAACGUAGUGAGCAAUGUGUGCGCCGGGCUGGUUGGUGGACCGGGUCUGGUGCCGGGAGCCAACUAUGGAGAGGACUAUGCCGUGUUUGAGACGGGCACCAGGAACACCGGGAAGAGCAUUGCUAACCAAAACACGGCCAACCCCACGGCCAUGCUGCUGGCCUCCUGCCUGCUGCUGGAUCACCUGAGGCUCCACGCUUACGCCCGCAUGAUCCGCAGAGCCAUCCUGUCCACGGUCACUGAGACUAGGCUGCACACGGCGGACCUGGGCGGCCAAGGCUCCACCUCUGAAGUGGUCCGCUCCGUCAUGAAGGCCGUUCAGAGCACCGGGCCCCUGACACUGAGCAUCUAGAACAAACAUUCAUGUGCAAACUCUCUGGCACUGCAGAGUGCAUAUUAGUGUGCCUCUCUUCAGUAGUCUUCUACGCAAUUUUAUAAUAACAAGAGAGUUGUUUGAUAGUAGCCUAAUACUGAAAUGAAACUGUACACACAAACAGUCUAUGCAAUAUUUUUCAUCUUAACAUAGACACCUCCUGACUGUUUUUUAAGUGGUUUGAGCACUUUGUUUGCAUCUAUACUUUACCUGAACUGACAAUCAAUACAGUUUACUGUGUGGAACAGUGAAAACACUAUACUACACCUGUUUGAGUUACACCUAACCCUUUCCAUGUUUAUUAGUUUGGUUAAUGUAUUCGUUAUGAAGUGAAACCCUUUGUCCUUCUUGCAUUUAACUUAUUUCAACCCAAACACGGCUGUUGUUUGUCCACUGAGACACAGCUGUCCUACUACUGAAUGUAUUGGGCAACAUGUCGGGCUGUUGCUGUGAGUCCUACACACCUCUAAUAAAGCUAAUACAGUUUCUGUAGUUCA